AUGCCUUACGAUCCGUUGAAAGAAGACGAAGUGUUUGAGCGGGAGGUUCAGCAAGUGAAGCAAUGGUGGAGCUCGCCACGCUUCGCCGGCGUGGCGCGCCCAUACACGGCUGAGUCUGUCGUGAGUAAGCGCGGCACCGUCCGCCCCCAGUACCUCUCCAACGAGCAGGCCAAAAAAAUGUGGACCCUCCUUGAGAAGCAUGCCCAGAACAAGACUACGUCCCACACUUACGGUGCACUGGACCCUGUCCAGGUCUCCCAGAUGGCCAAGUACCUUGAGACCGUUUACGUGUCUGGUUGGCAAAGUUCGAGCACUGCCAGCUCGACAAAUGAGCCUGGACCGGAUCUGGCUGAUUACCCGUCGAACACAGUGCCCAACAAGGUUGAACAUCUGUUUAUGGCUCAGCUCUUCCAUGAUCGCAAGCAGCAGGAUGCUCGUCGUUCAAUGACCCCGGAACAGCGUGCGAAGACGCCAUACAUCGAUUAUCUCCGCCCGAUUGUGGCUGAUGCUGAUACAGGUCACGGUGGUCUCACUGCUGUGAUGAAGCUGGCCAAGAUGUUCGUUGAAAAGGGUGCGGCUGGUAUCCACAUUGAGGACCAGGCACCCGGCACGAAAAAGUGUGGUCACAUGGCCGGCAAGGUGCUCGUGCCCAUCUCAGAGCACAUCAACCGUCUAAUUGCGAUUCGUCUUCAGUUCGACAUUAUGGGUGUCGAAAACUUGGUGGUAGCUCGCACGGAUUCUGAGGCUGCCACGCUCAUCACGACGAAUGUCGAUGAACGCGACCAUGCCUUCAUCUUAGGGUCAACGAACCCCACUCUGCAGCCUCUGGUCGAGGUAAUGAACGCUGCUGAGCGAAGCGGCAAGCAGGGUGAUGCCCUUGCUGCUGUCGAGGAGGAGUGGACGAAGAAAGCUGGUCUGACGCUCUUCGCUGAUGCCGUCGUAGAUGCCAUGGCCAAGAAAGGUGUCUCCAAGAAAGUGCAGAUGGAGUACAAGCAGGCAGCUUCGAAGCUUUCAAACCGUGCUGCUCGGGACCUUGCCGCCAAGCACGGCAUUGAUGCUAACAGCGGUUUCUUCUGGGAUUGGGAUGCUCCUCGUACGCGUGAGGGUUAUUAUCAAUACCGCGGUGGUACCCAGUGUGCUGUGCAUCGUGCUGUGGCCUUUGCUCCUUACGCGGACUUGCUCUGGAUGGAAACCAAGUCGCCCAUUUUGGCCCAGGCUAAAGAGUUCGCUGAUGGUGUACAUGCUGUGUAUCCGAAACAGUGGCUAGCAUACAACUUGUCUCCCUCUUUCAACUGGGAUGCUGCCAAGCUUUCGGAGCAGCAGAUGAAGGAGUACGUCUGGGACCUUGGUAAGCUCGGCUUUGUCUGGCAGUUCAUCACCCUGGGUGGUCUGCACUCGAAUGCUUAUAUCAGCGACCUUUUCGCCAAAGGCUUCGCCAAGGAGGGUAUGAAGGCCUAUGUGACGCUUGUGCAGCGCCGUGAGCGUGAGAUCGGUUGCGAUGUCUUGACGCAUCAAAAAUGGAGUGGUGCUGAGUUCAUUGACAACUUGCUCAAGACCGUUACCGGUGGUGUAUCCUCUACAGCUGCCAUGGGCAAGGGUGUGACUGAGUCGCAGUUUUCAAAGUAA